AUGGAUAGCACAGAAGUUGGCUCUGAGAUUGGCCAGGCUCCAGUUCGCUCGGCUGCCGCGGCUGCCUGCGAAGCCUGCAGGAGGAUGAAGAUGAGAUGUAUUCGACCAGAGACAAAUGACCCGAAAGGUCGAAUAUUAAGUCCCUGCGAACGAUGUAUGCGAACAAAUCGCACCUGCAGGAUCCCAGAGCCGCGCCCACUGGGACGGAAACGGGGAGCACGUGGUCGAUAUCAAGGCUUUGAGAAAGCAGUUCGCAAGCUGCGAUCGGAGAUGAGGAAGGAAAAAAUGGAACCUGAAGCAGAACGACUACAAGAUAUCGUGCACCUCCCGUCCAGCAAGCGAGCAACACCACAUCCGUUCAUUCCCCAACAAAUAUAUCACCCUUCCUCUCCAACUGUGAAUAAUGUACCGGGACGAGACUUCCACCAGAGUCAAAGAAAUGUGUUGCGCCAAGGUGGUGAAGUUCCUAUAGACUAUUCGUUGCCCCAACACACUCAAGAACCAAUCAGUAAUCCCCUUGCGCUGCUGGCAGACGCUUCGGAUGCUGCUCGUGCACUCGAACCGCACUCGAUAUCGGCUGACAAUACACCCCAAUCCAUGGGGGAAUCAUCAGUUCAAGGGGAUAAUGCUCCCAGUGGAGGUCUUGGUCGUUUACUUCGCCGACCAGGCUAUGUUUCGCUCGGGCUGCAAUUGAGUAGAGAAAGCAUGGAGCAUGCAUUAGAUGCUUUGCUUACACCCUCACCGAACGUGGACAGAUAUUCAAAUUACUUUAAAAGACCUCUGCAGGAUUCACUUCGAGACGUUGGGCCUGAUGUCGACCCUAUUGAUUUGGGAUUGAUUACUAUGGAGGAGGCAUAUUACCUAUUCCCAAUUUAUUUUACCCGACUGCAUCCGAUAAAUGGAAUACUCGAUCCUGUGCUUCAUACGCCAGAGUUUGUGCGCUCUCGCUCUGCAUUGCUAUUCACAUGGGUCCUUGCCCUGACAGCACAAUUUGACCAUGCAUCUGCUUCCAUCGCCAAGAGAUUACGUUUACACGGGGAAAAAUUAUCAAAGCACGUCCAUACGCGAGGUUUCAAAUCCGUGGAAAUUGUGCAAGGUUAUUAUAUUUCCCUGCUUUCCGCCACUCCUGCCGAGACAUUAGCGAAGGAACGUUCAUGGCUGUAUACAAUGCACGCCUUCGGCGUAGCUGCAGAGCUUGGAUUGGACCAACAUUCAGAUACGGAGGAGUCUCAAACAGGCUUGGGGUUAUCUUCAUUUCACCAGGAACGGGGCGCAUCGGUAUUCCCUCUGAUUACAGAUGCAAUCACCAACCAGAUCCCUUCUCAAUGCGAAGGGAAAGACACUUCAUAUGACCAACGAUUGAUUCGUAAUAGGGAAAGAACAUGGUUCCGAAUUCUUCUUUGGGAGAGAGCCAAUAGCGCUGCAUAUGGCCGGAUUCACAGCUUUCCUGAAACAGCACUGACUAAAGGCAUUGAACGAUGGUGGAUGCAUCCACUAGCAGAUCCUACCGAUAGGCAUACAAGUGCGUUUAUCGCCUUGCGACGAAUCCUAGCCUCACUCAAUAGUGAUCUCCGAGAUAAACAAGACACACAUCCUGCCGAUGCACACUGGGUGAGGGAUCUAGUUGACAAUACCCUUCAGCCUUGGUGCAGUGCAUGGCUAGGGGACAUGGCUACGGGUGCAUCCUGCUCGACCGAGCAACUUUCAAAUACCUUCCUUCAAUAUGUUUACCUACAUGGUAGACUUUGGACCCUCUCCAUUGCACUCAAUAAUUCCAAAGGUCAGAAUGGGAAUGAGGCUGAUAUUCGUAAUGAUUGUUUCGAAGCUGCGAUCAAUGCGUGCGAAAUGGCAGUGCAUGAUCUUGAAGCAAUAGGGGAACCACUAUAUGGCAUGCUAGCACCAACUUGGGCGAUGAUCUCUUACGCUGCCGUCCUAGCCCUGAAAUUGUUCCCUGCGAUCUACGGAUCUCGAGUUGGGAGCCAGCUGGAGCUCUUUGGCCUACUGAGUCAGGUUGCUCUACAGCUUGAACGUGCUGGACAGACGCCUUCUCAUCGCUUUGGAAUUGCGGCCUUGCUAGGUCAACACAUUAUGAGAAUACUUCGGGCUAAGUCUGUGGCAUUGAGAGAAGAGCUGAACAUUGAGUUUUCUUAUCCUCAAAGCUGUGGCGGCAACCAGCAAGUGCCUCAGAAUGGGGAAACGGGGAAUCCAAGUGGUCCGUUCGUCUCUGAUUACGAUCCAUUUCUUACAAAUGCUAGUCUGGUCGGCGAUGUGACUGAGGAAGGAUUCGCAGACCUAUUCCGAGAAAUAUUCGGACCAGGCUUUGGGGGCGUAUUCUGA